GAGUAAUCGAAACAAGUGCCUUCUUCAAUGUGAAUAAUAAAAAUCAAAUUAAUUGCAAACAACAACUCAAAAUAACAAAAAUAAAAUACUAACGGCAUUAGCGAGAAUUUAAAUAACAACAGCGAACAGCAGCAACAACGAGCCAAUAAAAAAAAAAAAAUAAAAAUAAAAAAUAAGUAAAAUGAAAAUAUCAAUAUAGCAACAGUCGCAAAAAAGUAGAAUAAGCUUACCAAACAACAACGCAACGCAUUACUAUCUUCAGUUCAUACAUCAUUCAUAGUAUUCUCCUCAUAAAAAAGAAACAAAAACAAAUAUAAGCACCCAAAUUAAAAGAUAAAACACCGUUUGACGAAAGACGUGAAUUCUGUGAUAAACAGUGUUUCUCAAACUGCCUUAAUUUAAAGUAAAGAAAAGUAAAUAAAGACGAGAAGGAAAACAAAAGCAUACAAAAAAAGUGGAAAUAACGACAUACAUAAAUAAAAAUAAAAUAAAAGAAAAUAAAAUAAAAGAGGUUUACAAAUUUAUACAAACGUGCUUCCUUCGCUUGUCCUCAUAAUAAAUAUCGCGCAGUGAUAAUUUUUGCCGGUAAAUUUUGGUAUAAAACUAAAUUUCAAACCCAUUCAACUGUAAUAAUUAAAUAAAAAUACUCCAAAAAUAAGAAAGCAGCAAAAUAAAUUGUGAAACAAUAAAUAAAAAUAUUAAAUUAAAAAUAUAAAAUCAAACUAAAUCGAUUUAACUUUGUCUAACGUAAUACAACGAAAAUACUGUCAACAUGGACUCGCAGGGUUAUGAAAAUGCACGCAAUAUGACGUUGCUCUUCUUCCUUGAGCGCCUCAUGGAUAAGGGUGAGGCACGCACUGUUCACGAUUUGUCCUGUCAAUUUGGUAACAAGGAAUUCACCAAGGAAAUGCGUCAAAUUGCUGGCGGUAGUCAAUCGGGCUUGAAGAAGCUGCUUGCCCAGCAUCCAUCAAUCUUUGUUGUCGAUGGCGACUAUGUGAAGGUGAAUACCUAUCAGCACGCCUCAGAGGACGAUAGUGGCUUAGGCGGGCGGCGUGAUUACAUUAAAGAGGCUAAAGACUACUUUAAAAAUAAAAUGCUACAGUAUGGCAUUGGUGUGGAGGUGCCGGUGCGUAGCUUGCUGGGCCACCGCUCGCAGGCAUCGCCACAGGUGCGACACAUAUCAGGUCAGCAUAUAAAGGAAUUCACUGAGUUUCUGCAGAAGCAUACGGAUAUCUUUAAAGUGGUCGACGAUCACGUGAUGCUUGUGGGUUGCGAUGAUAUGACGGACAUACCGGCACAAGACCGUCUGCACUUGCCGCAAAGCAACAUUGAUACUAAAGCCACCCAGCAGAUGUUGGAUUUCUUUGCGCAAUGCAUCGAAACGAAGGGUCCCAUUUUAGUGGAUCGCUUAUUUCAUUUGUUGACAGCGCGCUUUCCGCAGGAGCAAUGGUUGCGCAUGUUCAAAACACCCAAUGAUCUCUCGACUUUUCUCAAGCUCUUCUCCGAUUGCUUUCACAUACAAGCCAAUCUAGUCACGCUGUUGCAGAAGCCACGGCUGAGUGAUUCGUAUAUACAGCAGGCACAGGCGCGUUCGCGCGAACAAUACAAUUCGCUGAACAACAACAUCAAUAAUGUAGAGUUCAAGAAUCAGUCGCCACCACCGGCAGCAGCGCAGCCAGCACUUAGCGCCAUACAACAGCGUUUGCAAUCGUCAGCGAUACGUAAUUUUGCGAGCAACAACAAUGCCUCAACGCCACAAAGUUUCAAUGGGAAUAACCUUAGCAACAACAACAACAACAAUUGCAAUAUUACAUCACCGAAUUUCAAGCUAAAUGCGCCCGUAUACAAUAUGUCGAGCCCAGCAACAACGACGGACAAUACGUCACAAUCACGUUCAGAGCCCAACUCGGGUUUUGACAGCUUCAUACAAAUGGCGGAUGUGCACUUGGAGAAUCUCUGCGAUCGCAAUUGCCCCAGUCCGAGCACUUGCUCCUCAUAUGGUCCGUCGGGCACGAAUAAUCAAAAUCCGUUGAGUGGUCAAAUCAAUUUGAAUUCACUGCAAAAUGCCGCCAUACCGACACAGGCACCCACAGAGCGCCUGAAUAGUCUGAAUCAGACAUUGAAGCAGCGCGUCAACAACUUGGUGAUACGGACAUUGGCCGAGAACUAUGAAAAAGACAAGCAAUCGCUGGCAAAUCAGGUUGGCGGUGCAUCUGUUGGUUAUAACCCCCAAAACUCCUCCUCCCAAUCAAGCCCCGUGCAUUCCAAUAACAUUAACGCCACCACCGCUGGUAGUGGCGCGGCAAACGCAAACUUAGCCUCAACUUCAACGGCGUCUUCUAAUAGCAACACAGCACAUUCACCUAGUCACAAUUACUUCAUCGGCGAUACCUGGAAGAUAAAAGUGCUGCAGAACACGACGGUCAUUGCUAAUGUGAAGCAUUCCAUGUUCGUCACUGAGGCGAUGCUGAAGUUUGCGCAGAACCAUCAGAGUAUAGUCAUUUCGCUGGACUUUGAAGGCAUCAAUUUGGGCGUAAAGGGUGAGAUAACUCUUAUUGAAAUCGGCACCACGCGCGGUGAGGCAUUCAUCUUUGACGUGCGCAGCUGUCCUGAGAUAAUCAGUGACGGUGGUUUGAAGACCCUAUUGGAACAUGAUAAUGUCAUCAAGGUCAUACACGACUGCCGCAACGAUGCGGCGAAUUUAUAUCUACAGUUUGGCAUACUUUUACGGAAUGUCUUCGAUACGCAGGCCGCGUAUGCCAUUGUGCAGUAUCAGGAGACGGGCAAGCAGGUAUACAAGGCGAAAUAUAUCUCGCUGAAUACACUCUGCGAACAGUAUAACGCCCCAAUUAAUCCGAUUAAGGAGCAACUCAAGCAGAUUUACCGCCGCGAUCAAAAGUAUUGGGCCAAGCGGCCACUGUCACGUGAUAUGUUGCUCUAUGCGGCCGGUGAUGUGCUAGUCUUAAUCAACGAUCAACUCUACGGCAAUCUGGCGAGACAAAUUAAACCGGAGAAUCGUCAGCUUUUCUCUGAGCUAUGCACUGAGCAAAUACUCAUACAAAUCAAACCAAAUGAGGUGAAGACACGCAAGAAGCAGCGCAAAGUAACCACUGAGGUGGCUGACCUCAAGCAGAAACUGGAGCAGUCUAACAAGAGUAUAGUGCUAUCGAAUCGCGAAAUUCGCUUAUUGCGCUACAUGGACUUGACCGAGGAGGAAAAAGACCGUUUGAAGCGCAAUAACAAUAAAUUAGCAAAGAAGUUUGAAAAGAUGGAAUCGGCGGGCAAUCAAACUAGAGAUCAAAGUGAUUCCGAGGAUGAUCAGGAACCCACUGAAAACGAUAACUUCCCAAGUCUUGACUCAGUGCCAUCAGAUAACUCAUUGACCGGCACAUUUUCGCCACGCUUCAAUUCUGAGCCACCCAGUUUAGCAGAGUCUAUGCAAAUGAUGGAUGAAAUCUUGUCAGAUCAGUUAAUGGAUCGGGUGCUGAAACUGGACAAACUGGAAGCGAUAUUGUCGGCUGUUACACAAAUGCCAAACGACCAAAUCAUAACUUCCAAUACAGCGCAGGAUCUAUUGGGAUCAAACAUAUCCGCUACCGAUAAUGUACAAAUUGUACGCGAGAAGAUCAAAAAUGCUAAAAACUGUAACUGUAACUGUGAACGCAGCAUUACGCCAACUAUGCGUUUAGUGACCAAUGAGAAGAAGGCUUUGAAAUUGGUCGACGCAGCAUCACAAACUCUUAGUACGGGCGAUAUUGUAAUAACAAAGAUCUUCUUCCAAGAUGAGCAGGGCAAACAGAAGGAAAAAGUGCUGACUUCAUCGCCAAAACGCAUCGGAGGUGGUUCAACAGCGACGGCGACAGCGACAGCGACGACAUCCUGAAUGCAGAAGAAUACAACCAAACGAGCUGCGAAUUUUUCUACUUGUAUUUAUCAAAAAAAUAACUAAGCAAACGUGAACGUGGCAGCUAAUAACGGAGCGAUAAUGUUGGGCAAUAACUGAGCAAACAUAUCGAAAUUCAUGUAACUCACCUACGUGGAUACACACACAUACUUACAUAUAAACAUAUGCAAUAUAUUCAAAAUAUUCAAAAAUUGUACUAAGUACUAAGCGUAAAGUGUUGCAAACCUACAACUACUUGUCUAAGUGAGUGUUGGUCUAGACUUGGACCGACUGCCACUUCUGCUACAACAA